UCCGUCAGUGAGCCGGGGCAGUGCGGGGAGCCCUUCCGACUUCCCCAGGGCUGCCCUGGGGGCCGGCACAGGGUCUGCCUCGCAGGGAAUGCCACAUGGUCAGUGCCUCAGACACAGGCAAACCCUCAGACACCCAGCCUCCAGAUCCUCCCACUGAGUGGCCCGAUGGCAGCCUCCCAGCUUGCGGCACUGGAAGGAGUGCAUUCAGGGGCCGAGGGGCUGCCCCUGACGGAGACCAACCCUGGCUUCCUGUAUUCCGAGGGCCAGCGGCUGGCCCUGGAGGCCCUGAUGAGCGAGGGCGCAGAGGCAUUUGAGGCCUGCGUGCAGCGUGAGGGGCUGCGGCCCUUCCUGAGUGGAGAUGAGCUCCAGGGGCUGGCAGCGGCGGCUGAGGACUGGACAGCAGCCAAACAGGAGUCCUGCAGGGCGGUGGAGGGAGCCACGGUCGCCAAUGGGGCCUCCGGCAGCCUGACCUACUGGCCCGGACGGUCAGAGGAGCCGGUGCCCGUGCUGCGGCUGGGCUGGCCAGAGGACUCGGGCUGGAAGGGCAUCACACGGGCGCAGCUGUAUACCCAGCCACCUGGCGAGGGCCACCCGCCCCUCAAGGAGCUGGUGCACCAGGAAAUCCAGGCCGCCUGCAAGCUGGUGGCCAUCGUCAUGGACGUUUUCACCGACCCAGACCUGCUUUUGGACUUAGUGGAGGUGGCCGCACGUCGCCGGGUGCCCGUCUACCUGCUUCUGGACCGCCAGCAGCUGCCCGCCUUCCUGGCGCUGGCCCAGCAGCUGGGGGUGAACCCCUGGGCCACCAAGAACCUGGACAUCCGCGUUGUGCAGGGCUGCAGUUUCCAGAGCCGCUGGCGACGGCAGGUGACCGGCAGGGUGCGGGAGAAGUUUCUGCUGCUGGACGGCGAGAGGGUCCUCUCGGGAUCCUACAGCUUUACGUGGAGCGACUCACGCCUUCACCGCGGCCUGGUGACCCUGCUGACCGGUGAGAUUGUGGACGCCUUCAGCCGAGAGUUCCGGACCCUGUAUGCUGCUUCCUGGCCUCUCCCACCCGCACCCACUCCGGGCCCCUUCGUCAGCACCCUGGGGGGGCUGAAGCUGGCCCACAGCCCGCACUGCGUGGCCCGCCGCCUCUCCGUGGCCCCCGUGUCACCGCCGCUGCCUGAUGUCUCCCCGCUGGCCCAACGCCUGGCCGCCUGCCGAGUCUUCGGCAGGGACAGGCAGGAAGCCCCGGCCAUCCCAGGGCCAGCGCUUAGUGACAUCCUGAGGAGCAUCCAGCGUGCCCGGACCCCCAGCGGCCCUCCAGCCCGGCCCAGCCGGUCCCUGUGGGACCUGAGCCGCCUGUCCCAGCUGUCGGGCUCCAGUGACGGUGACAACGAGCUCAGGAAGUCCCGGGGCUCCAAGGACACCCCAGCCAAGGCCCUGAUGAGGCAGAGAGGUACUGGGGGCGCCACCAGGCAAGAGGUGGAUUCCCGGCUGCCCUCCGGGUCCCAGCCCUGGGGCGGCCCCCGGCCCCUCAUCCCCACCCGCCGCCUCCGCUACCUGUCUCCGACCCGAAGGAGGUUUGGGGACGAUGCUGCAACCAAAACCCCAGGACCCAGAGGCGGCCCGCAGCCAGAGUGGGGCACCGGGGCAGGACUCAGGGGCCGACCCUGACAGGAGUCUGAGCCGCGCUGGGCUGGCUCAUCCCAGGAGACUUGGAGGACCCUCUGCUCAGAACCCCUUCCUUGCCUCAGAGUGUGGGAAGCAGAAGGGGUUUCUUCCCACUUAUUCAGGAACUGGGGCAGCUCCCACGCCCACUCAGUGUCACGGUCUGGAAGGUGGGCACACCGUCUGGAGGAGCCAGGAUCCUGGGACAGCACACACCCUGACCAGCCUCAUCCGGGCUCCCCCAGGGGAGGCCUGGCUGCGUAGCGCCCGUGCUGGGUUGUGUAGGUGGACGGUGGGGAGUCCCCGGGACCCACCGGCUCGGGAGUGUGAGCUCCACUGAGGGGAGGAGAGACCCCAAUCCAGGGAGCAGAGCUGAAUAAUGGGGGACUGGGGAUCGCUGGGGACACAGCUGCUGGGG